AACCUCACCACUCUAUAAUACUUGUAUUGUAUUUGCAAGCUUCGUAAUUUGCGUGACGAUUCUUAAAAGCAAAGAACCGUGAAAACCUAAUUCGAUUUAAUUUCUCAAUGAAAAUUUGUGCAAAAAUGAUGUGAAUUUAGGAAAACACGCUCAGUUGCAAUGAAAAUUUAAUCAACUCUAUACAUUAACUAAGCGAAUUUUAGUUCUGGAAACAUAUAUAAUUUUGGCGCAAACGAAGCGCUUUGUGAUGCUCCUCUAAAAUAUUGCAGCAAAAAUUACACACAUGCAAAUAAAUUCUAAAAUGGCAUUGACCGUAGUGAAAUAUCGCAAGCCAGCGGCUGGUGAAACUACCGCUUCCGCUGCACCAACUCCAGCGAUAUUGAUAAAAAGUAAAUUGCAGGCUCAACAUCAACAACAAAAUGCAAAGGUUUGUUAAUUUACAAUCGGACAAUGCAGAAUAGAACAUGCAUACGUAUGUAUGUAUAUGUAUGCUCGGUGCCAACAGCAAAGGUUUUUUGUUAUGUGAAAGUGGUUACGCGUUCAAAGUUUGUUAUUUGCUGUUUUCUAUUUCAAUAAGUUUCUAAAAAAAGAUUUCGUAAUUUUUCAUAUUUGUGUAAAAAGUUGCUAUUUUUAAAUAGAUAAACCAGCGAUGCCCUUAAUGAAAUUCGCUGCAAUCGGUUUGAAACUUUGAUGCCCACAAUUUUUUUCCACCAGAGUUGACUUGAUUUACACGAAUUGUACUCAUAAUUUUAUUAAUUAUAUACGUGGAAAAGUAUUUGUUACAACAAUAUAUUAUUUUUGGCUGCGAAAAAUAGAAUCCCGCAAAUUUUGAUCAAUAAAGACUUGUUAAACCUUAGAAAAAUAUGGCAGCACGAACUGAGGUCUCCACAUUGUGUUAUACUUUUUUCCUUUUCUAUUGAACAGAGAGAGCUACAUUUGAGCAUAAGAUUUAAUUCACAAAUUUCAUGGACAACGCGCUGCAUUUUAAUUUCUUUGAAUUUGUGGUGAUUUUAAACUGUUUGUGAUAAAGAAUUGCAUCAAAUAAUUUUACAUUAUUUAGAAGCCCAUAUUAAAAUUGGGAGCUGGCACAAAUUUAAUUAUCAAUAAAAUACCUGCUACUAUAAAGCCUGCUAUAAUGAAGCGCAGCAACACAUCAUCUAUUGAACCUGCUUAUAAGUCAACCAAAUAUUCACUGCAAACAAUUGCCAGCGCAGGUACACCGCUAACGAGCUUUCAAUGGCAACAGACCAUAGGUGGUCCUGGUGGUACAACAAUUACCACUACUCCAACCAAAAAGCAACAGAUCGGCGCCACAAUCAGCGCACUACCACCUAGUACAAUUAUACAAGCGAGCGGAGUUGCUGCUUCUAAUAGCAUAAAUGGUGGAAUUGGAACGACGAUUACACCCACGGGCAACACAUUUAAUGCCGUCACAUCACAAGGCACUACACUUCAAGUGCGACGUCCAACUAUUGUUAUAAAACGUGAAUUUCCCAAACGUUCAAUACGGAGUGUAACACUGGAAUUAAUAGAAAAGAAUCCGUAUGUGCAUUUGGGUGUUUUGGCUAAUCGUUUACCGCUGCUGAAGAAUAUAAUUUGCACCACUGCUAAUAUAACAACAGCCGAUUGCUUCUUGACCUUAAAGAAGAUACGUCAAAAUGAGGAAUUCUCACUACUGGCGGAAUACUUUGAGCUGAGUGAAACCGAAGUGCAGCAGAUAUUUGCACGCACAGUAGUUAAAUUGGCGCGCUAUUUGCGUCUGUUUGUGCGUUGGCCUGAGAGCAAAAAAUAUUAUGAUCGUCAUAAAAAUUUGCCGUUUGCCUUCCGUUCGACUUUGUCACAUGUGCAGUCGCUCAUUGAAUGCGUCGAAACAGAUAUGCCACGUCAAAUGCCAAAUGAUUGUAGUAAUUACAAAUUUAUUUUCAGCAUUACACCCACGGGCAUAAUCUCAUACAUUUCUGAAGCUUUUGUUGGGCAUCACGACGAUUUAACGAUAUUCACUGCAUCAGAUUUUCAAAAUUCCAUACCGAAAUACCUUUCAUUGGUCGCCGAUCCAGGUAAAGCCAUACGUCGUAAGCGAAAACCGAAACAUCCCUCUAUCAGCAAUUCAUUGCCAUCAAGUGGAAAUGCCGAAACUGAUUCCACCACAGAUUCAGCAGAUGAAUCAGCAGACGAUAUUGAGAUGGACGAUAGUGAAGAUAGUCAAACGCUUAGCCGAUAUGCUGCAUCACGCGUAGCCGCUGAAUUGGCUUCCCACCAAACAAUGAAUAUUGUAAAUAGCGAAUUGACAUCGCGCAAAGUAAAAGACUUCAGCAUUCCGACUAUGCGUGUGCGUGAACCAGUCUGUCGACAACAAAUUCGCCAUAUGAUCAACUGUCUGCGUGAUUUUAAAAUGUUACAACCAUAUGUCAUACAAGAGCCAAUCAUUUUCCAAUACCUCAAUGAGAUAUUAAUCGUUGCAUCGGCACUUACAAAUAUGCAGAGGUAAAAAAAUGUGGCAAACAAUUAAUUGGCAUGUAGUUAGGAUAAAGCAAAGGAAAAGGAAAUAAAAAAGGACCCCGUUUACAGGUGUGUGCUGUAGUGCGUUUUGUGCGUCGCUUAAGAAUUUACGCUUAAACGAUUAAGAGUAGUUGAUCGAAAAGCAUGGUUAGAUGACUAAAGGAAUUCGGGUGUGAGCUAAUUUUAGUGUGCGCCUAACAAAUUAUUCCAUUUGCUUGCAUCCAUGCCCCUAAUCGACAAUAUGAAUUACUCAACUCAAUUAAGUAAUAAAACAAUCGGUUGUUCAUGGGAACUUAGUUUUAAGAUUUCUAGUUUAUAAAAUUUUAAUUUGGCGCAUGUGCAAGGACGAUCAUCUUUGUCAUUUAUAUAAGUCGUUGGAAUUUAUCUUAAUAAAAAAUAUAAAUUUCAGUCGAGCACAACUGAAUGACGUAGCACUUUCCAAUAUAUCAAAGCAGCACCAAAAUAAGCAAUAACUAUGGCGGUAGAACACAACUAAUUAUAUAUAAAAUAUUAAUUAAUCUAGUAAGCAAAUGUAAACACGAUGUGCGCUAUAUUAACAACAACAACGAUGUGCGACAAAAUUCAAUAUGUGUGCAAUACUACUGCUUAAUUGUUUUAAAUACGCACCAACAUAUCAGCAUUUUUUUGCAUUGUUAGUAAUAAAAAAAUAGAUUUUGUGUUUUAAAAACUCACACGCAUGUAGCGAAAAAUGUAUAAAUUGUAUAUAUAAAAAUACGUAAACUUCAUUUGAAUAUUAUAUACUUAUCAAAUUUGUAUAUAUCUUCUUAUACAUGCAUUGAUUUAUAAUUAUUCCCGAAGUGCAACGUAUUUUAAAACUUGAAAGCAAUUUAAAAAAAUCCUGACAUGUUGGUAUUUUGGGAUAAUGCCAGUAUCGGAUACAUAUUGAUUUUUUUCAAAUGAGCGUGUGAUCCGCACAUUGUAAUCAUUGUCUAAUUUUUUCGAAAAUAAAAAAUAAAUUGAUAAAAAAUCAUGAAAA